UAGAAAGAAAGGGAAUUUGCAAUUGCAGUGUGUUAGUGUUCUAGGAGAUAUGUCAAUGUCUAUAACGUGUUUGUGUGUAUGUUGCUGCUGUGUUGUGAUAAAGUUAGUAGGAAUUAUUGGCUAUUGUAAGUAUGAGAUGGGGUUGUUAGGACCGGGAAAGGGUAUAACGAAUUGCGAGUGAAUUUGAGUGAAGGUUCGGUGAGGGUGACAAGUUUCCUAGACUUCCUUUCGAGCAUUUGAAGGGAUAGUAGAUUUAUUGCAAUUACAAUGUAUGAAUUAUACAGCAGGACAGUCUUAUGAGAUGACAGUCUUUUAGUCUUAUUUAAUUUUGUACUUAACCGUUUGGAAGCUGAAAAUCAUGCUUGAGUUUAGGAUGAAUAGGGAUUGCAUAUUUUUCCCAUUUCAGGGUGGAUGAUGUGGUAGAGUUGUGUCAUCUUUAAUUGCAUUUUUUAUUUUCUUUGUAAUCCUUGGGAGCAUCUCUUAUGUAAUCAUUUUAGCAAAUGCAGGAGGAAGUUUUGCUAUACAAUAUAUCAAACAGCUCUGCAGAAUAGUAAUAUAUAGCUAGGGAAAAGAUUUUAUUUUCGCCCAGGUAAAAUGGGAGAGAGCUUAGUGCAGAACUUUCAUCAAAACAAUCGUGGAACUGUAGAAGCAGGUGCACCUUAUGUAGACAAAGAUUUUGCUUCUUUAAUAAAAGAAGCUGCUGAAGCUACUCCCUCUUCUUUUGAGUUCUAUGUUUGGUCAGACAAGGGAAUUAAUCUUCAUGUUGAUUUAAAUUCAUCCCCAUCAGAUUGGACUAACAGGUUUCGAAAUGAGGUUCAAGUACGUGAGACUAUGUACGGAAACAAGUCCUGGAGUCUCCGGCAGGAUCUUGCUUGCCUAGGAGGGAGCGCUACACAAGAAAGAUGUUCCUUGUGGGAUGCAAAUCCUGUCCAAAUUGAUGCUCAUAAUGGACUGGCUAAAUCUUCCUCAAGCUUGAAAUUCACAAAAGAUAUUGUUGUAGAGUUAGGCCAACGGAAUAAAGUUGAAAGCCCAUUAAUAUCGGAUUCAUUAACUCCAUGCAGCAUGAAUGUGAAAGCAGCAGCUAAUUCAAAGCAGGUAAAUCAAUGCUCUGCCUUAGCUGAACCGGAUGUUAAUGUAGUAAAUAACUUAAUGCAAGAUCAGUCCACUCUCUCAGCUGAAGAAAGUUAUGGUGUACCUAGCAAUUUUAUUUUUGGUGCUGAAUCUUGUGCUAAAGUUGCGUCUAAGGCCUUCUUUGAUUCGUAUGCUACUGGUACUCCUUUCAAGUCACUUUGUGAUUCUGUUGGCAACUCACUGUCAGAUCUGGGGACACUGGCAUAUCAAGCUUCAAAGCCUGAUGAUGAAUGUUUUCAAGAUUGUGAUCUGCUAAAUGAUUCUUGCUUUGUGAACCCUGGGGUGGUGUGUCCAGGUGCUUCGUUAAGCAGUUCUAUGGAGCUACAAAUUUCAGAAGCUGCAAGUUGUCAUAAAUAUCCAUCAGUUUCACUCUGUGAAAAUGAUGGAUCCCUGGAUUUAAGUGAACCAAAGAAUACGUCAGAUACAGAACAAUGUGGCCCAGCUAUUGAUGGGAACAAUUUUGCAGCAUUAACUGAAGAAUGGGUGGGGAUGAGUGUCGAUGGCAGAGAGAGUUCAGAAUGCUCCCAGUUAGAUGAUCGAGUUCAGAAAUCUGGCCAAGGUUAUGAUGAUCAGGGUUCUAAAAUGAAGCUUUCCAAAAAGAGAAAAUGCGACUCUGAAAUUCAAGCCUCAAGUGGCACACCUGUUACAAGAAUUUUAAGGAGCAUGAAGAAUACUGUUGCAAGAAUCCUGCCUAGAAGAUCCAUGCGACGAAUGUCGAAGGUUUCUUUGACAUUCUUCUGACGUAUUGUUACAGCGUUUAUAUUGAAUUCCUGAAAUGCUUCGGGUGCCACUUGGAGGCAUUAGUUACAGAUCUUCCAGUGAAAUUAUCAUCCACGGUUUGGAAGUGGAUGAAUGAAAUUUACUAGGUUGCUUCAUUCUUUUGGAAGAGUUAGAAACUUAGAAUCACAGAAAAAUAAGAAUGCGAGGUAGCUACUUUGGGUAAAUUCCAAUUAAACAGUUAGAAAGUGAGCCAUAUAGGUCUUUCUAUUUUUGGUAUUUAGAAAAACAACUAUUGCAUCUUUUUUAAUGUUUUUCCUUUGUGACACUAUUGCUUGUUGUAUAUGUAUCUGAUUAUUCAUCAUUGGACUUGCGAAGCUUUGAUCUGGCAUAUUUAAUUUUGUGAACACAUGCAGGAUAGGACUGUCUUUUUACCUAUAGUUUGGAUACAGUUGUCAGUAGUUGCAGCUAUUACAUGUAUAUCUUUCUUCUCUGUUCUUGUGGAAAGUGCACCCUUAUCUUUUAAAUAUGUUCUUGUUAAACAGCUUAUAUAUAGUUAUGUUGCUGAGCAUAAGACUCAUGCAAUUUUUAUU